AUGUGUCCCCUCUCAACCGUGCAAAAUGUGGCGUUCAAAAAAAUGAUUAUAGGGUUGGACAACAAUGCAAAAAUUCCAAGCCCAGAGCGCCUCAGAAAUAUUAUACAAGAUCGUUUCGCCAAAAGAAUUUUAAGUUUGAAAUCGAGAAUUAAGAAUGCUGGAAAAUUGUUCAAAGGCGAACACAAUUACGAAUCUAUAACAGAGAAGAUUCUCAACAUUUUUAAUCAGUUCGGGUUGACUACCGACAACGUCGUGUGUGUCGUAACUGAUAACGCCAGCAACUUUGUGAAGGCGUUUAAAGAAUUUGGAGUGAGCUAUUUAGACGAAGACGAUGAUGACGAACAAACUGAAGAAGCAGUCUCAUCGAACGGAAUUGGUGACAUUGUUUCAGAUAUUGGUUCCGUUCCUUAUUGGUUCAAUAUUUUUCAGGCUAAUAUUGUAAGUCCAAGGGGCCAGGAUAACUUCAAGACGGUUUUCAGAAGCGCUUUAUCAAAAUGUACCGCAAUUUGGAACGCUAGCUCGAGAUCAGCUAAAUUGCACGAAUCAAUUGUAGAAUUAUGUGGAAAGAGCUUAAUUACUCCAAAUGCAACCCGUUGGAAUUCCACUUUUGACUCUAUUCGCCGAUUGCUCGAUAUGAAAGAAAAAUUUGAAGAAUUAUUUAAACUUGGGAAAUUAAGCAAGCCGUCGACAUUGGAGAUUACAUUGCUGGAAGACUAUGUUUUUUCAAUGGCCCCUCUCGCGAUGGCUCUCGACAAAUUGCAAGGCGAAGAGUUAAUGUAUUAUGGGUACUUAGCGCCCACGAUUCAAAAAGUGUUAAACGAAUUAAGGGAGAUUCAAUUAAGUGGUCGUCAAUUCGAGGUGCAAAUGGCAAAAGUCCUUGUCGAAGCAAUUGAGAAAAGAUUUCCUGGCAUUGCAAAUUGGGAUAUUACGCAUUCACAUAUGGAAAUCUUUUCGGCGGUGGCGCACCCAUACUUCAAAUUAAGAUGGGUACCUCUUGAGAAGAAGAAUGACUUGAGGAAUAAUUUAAUUCAACGUGUAUGUGCUAAAUCAGCCAAGAAAAAUCUUUCACGUGAAGUAUUUCCAAAGCCGUUAACAGAUGAUUUCUUCAAAUUUGAACCAGCAUCAAACAGCACUACUGAAAAUGAAGGCUUGGAAACUAGCAAUAUUGAAUUGGAAUGCCUCACAUAUUUGCAAGAUCCUGCCACAGAUUUGAUUAUGUUGACAAAAUAUCCCUCUGUUAAAGAAUUCUUUAUUCUUGUUAAUACUGCGUUACCGUCAAGUGCACCCGUUGAAAGAAUUUUUAAUUAUGGGGGGCACAUAUUGUCCCCUAAAAGAAACCGACUAAAUGACGAUAUGUUUGAGAUGUUAGUAACGCUGAAAAUAGAUAGCAAUCAAGUAGAUUAG